UCUGCAAAAGGUAUCUCGGAUGCUGCUUGCGGAGCGCAGUUGCAGAUCGCUAUCACCGUGACGGCAGCUUCCCCAUCCAACUGUCAUUAAUUGGAGGUGGGGAAGGAGGGGACUGGACUGGACGGCGGUGCUCUGCAGAGGAGGCUGGGGAAAAGGUGGAGGACCAGAAGGGGGAGUCGGACAGAUGGAUGGAGCUCAGGAGACGGGAUACUGCGUGGUUGACCUGAAGGAGCUGGGCAGCUGCCCCAGAGAGGAGCUGCCUCAUGACACCGGUGUUGCUAGCUUCUCCAAGAUGGCGCAGGUGGAGUUCAGCCUUGCAUGCAAUGACCUGCUGACUUCAGGCCCAGACGGGACGCCCAAUACGGUGGUCCACGUAGCUGUGGCGGACCCUCAUAAGGAUCGCCUGCUCUCCCACGCCUGCACGGAGAUAGUUGAGGCAAACAAGGACCCACGCUUUUUGACCGGGGUGACCCUCUCCUCAAACUGUCCUACCACCCCAGAGACGCUCGUCAAGUUGACAGUGUAUGAUGUUAAGGACAAGUCUCAGGAAGUGGGUAGCUUCCUCGGCAGUGCCACAUUUUCAGUGGGCGAUCUGCUUCGGGCCAAAGAUGAACGACUGUCCUUGAGUCUCAGGUCAUCCGAUGGCGGGUGUGCAGCCGGAACAGUCGUGGUGAGUCGACUGAAGAUGGGUGAGAUGGAAGAAGCGGAGCACAUCACCACUGACGUACCGUCCCAGAAAUGUCCCAUAGUGUGCGAGUCUGCGUCCCACAGCUGCGUCGACAGAGACCACCUCCUGACAGGACCAGUGUUCACCAACCCGGUAUGCAAAGUGUACAGAUUCCAGACAGCGGACAGCAAAUGGAUGCUGGUGCGCGAGCAAAUGGAGGAGUGCACGUUGUCCUUCAGCAUCCCCAAGCAGCUGCUCUCGCUCUACAUGCAAGAGGACAUGAGCAGGGUGCAGGAUCUGAAGGAGCUGGGUGAACUCUCUCCACACUGGGACAACUUACGGAAGGAGGUGAUAACGCGAUACAGCGGCAUCAUCAGCUCCUACCAGGAGACCCUGGCUGAAAUGGAAAAGAUCACCGGGCCAUCCUUUAAGCAGAGUUGCUGCAAAGCCCAGAAAUCCCUCGAGUUCCUCCCAAUCAACCUGCACACUCAGAGGAUGAGGGUGACGUGCCCCAGAAAGACGGACGCGUCGUACGACAUUGUCACGGCGGGCGCCCCCGCUGCACACUUCCAGGGCUUCAAAGCCGGCGGUCUGCAGCGUCUCCUCGGCAGAUACGAAGCCGAGAAGAAAAGCUUCAGCACGGCCUACCAGUGUAUCUACUAUUCCCCGGAGCACACGGCCAAAGCUCAAGAGGUUCUGAGCAGCGUGAGCCUCCUGCAGCCGCUCAUCGGCACCUUAGCGGACCAACUACUUCACGCUGCUCACGAGCAUUCUUCUCCCAGCCUGAGAGAGGCGCUCAAGAACCUCUCGGACAAGACGGAACAAUUUGUCCACACGCUCAAGGAUGAAUUGGUCAAGUGUGCCCUGUUGGCACUGCACACCGCCCAACCUGGCUACGUGUCCAAGAACCAAAAGAGCGGCGAGCGAGACCCGAGUCCCGUCCGGACGGCGUCGCCCUUGCCCCCCGCCGUCGACGAGGCCACGUUGUGCAACAACGUGGGAAGCACGCAGGGCCUGAGGCGAGGUGACGACUCCAUUCCGCACCACAAAGAGUACGAUGAAGAGGAAUGGGACAGAAUUUGGGCCAGCGUGGCCAAGCGGCUCAACUGUGUCAUCGCCAUGGUGGACCAACUUGCCGACCAGGACGAGCGCAGCAAGCAGGAGUGUAGCGGCGAGCAGCAACAGCUCGCUGAUGUCAUCACCUCACACAACCCUGAUGCAGCAAGUGACUGGCGGGAGCAGCUGUGCCCCCUAGUGGCCAGGUUAAAGGAGUGCGUGGCACAGGUGGUGGACAAGGCCAAGAGAGCCGUCACCUUUGUGCUUCUGCAGGAGGCCGCCUGCAGCAUCCCGCAGGGUUUCCUACUUCAGCAGAGGAGGGACGUCGUCUUCAGUCAGGCUCUGGCAGUGUUGGCGUGUGGCUUCGUCAUGCGCGUGUACGCAGGAAUGCAGGACAAAGGUUUCCUGAGGCAGCUCCACCUGGUCGGCCUGGUGGCCCAGUUUGAAAGCCUGCUCAGCACCUACAGCGAAGAGAUCGGCAUGCUGGAGGACAUGGAGGUGGGCGUGGCAGACCUCCGGAGGGUCGUGUUCAAGGUGACCCAGGCCAGGACGGACCACCUCAGUGACCUUCAGCCUGUGGUGCGAGGCAGACGGGACCAUUUCACUGUGGAGGUCCCACUGCCAGGCCCCGCCUUUCAGAACAUGCCAGAGGAAAUCAAGGAGGGCCGACCUUUGCGCGUGUUUCCGGUGCUUUUUAACGUGGGCAUCAACGAGCAGCAAACCAUUGCAGAGAGGUCAGCGUAUUUCAACACUUUGAAUUUCUCACACUUUUUGAUUUUCUCCUUCUGGCAAGGAUUUUUUCAAGCCAUGUCGAGAUUAACGCAUAUUCAAAUAGUGGGGCAGGUCCUCAGAGCACGUGACCUUGGAAAAAAAAAAUAUAUAUAUAUACUGGGCCAGAAUGUAGUUGCGAAGCGGAGGAAGAAUGUGGAGAUUCUGUGGAGUGCUGCGGCGGUUUGCCGACGUCUGAACGGAAUCAGAUUCACCAGCUGCAAAAGUGCCAAAGACCGUACGUCCAUGUCCGUCACGCUGGAGCAGUGCGCCCUGCUGCGUGACGAACACCAGCUCAGCAAGGACUUCUUCAUCCGCGCCCUGGACUGUAUGCGGAGUCAGCUGUCCCACGGAGAGUUGGGGCGCUGGGAGGACCCCGAGGUGGGCGCGGCGGCCGAGAGCAAACCGACGUCGCGUCACUUUUACCCCAUCGCCCUGCUGCUCGUCAGCUCCCACCUGCUGGUCGUCUGGCUCAUUUUAAGUCUGGUUUUUCUGUUGGCAAAGUAUCAAUAAAGCUGCUGACAACUAUC